GCACGCAGUAUGUAUUCCCCCCACUCCGGUGGAAUGUGACCAGCCGACAUGCGCAUCAAGGUACAUGUGGACAAUGUGCAGCAUCCGCGAAUAGCACCAGCGCUAAAGCACUACUAAUCGCCAUGGCCAGUGAGCUGGCUGGACGAGUCAGUCUCCCCGGAGUUGAGGUACUUUGCCAAUUCCACCAGCCAGAUUUAUCCCUUCCUUGUCACCCACACCUUUCUGCAGCAUGUCAAACUGCCUUCCACACAUGGAACAUGAAAGAAUGUGGCGCCUAUUUUGAGUGCCUGAAGCUUCACCGCAGACCUAGAAUUGGUGUCACUCGAAACCCUUGCUGCUUCUGUCUUUAUUUUGUGUUUUGUAUUUCGACAAUACCGCUGUUCUGUAUUUUUGGCCCUUUGGGGGUGUUUUAUCUCCAUGAUCAACAAACUGUACUCGACGGGAUCUCCACCCCAAGAAUCACCACGCUCGAUACCAAGUCAAUUAGCCGAGAAUUAAUAUCGUCGCCUUUGCUCGCUAAGACGAUGGAGGGGACAGGCACUAGUGGGCAAUUAAUCUGGUUGGCAGGGCGAUUUUCAAGCCCCAAACAUAACGGUCGAUCUUAUCACCGGAAGCUCCCACCCAUUCUGUUCGAAGGAUGAAAUGGAACCUGGCCGUAAGGCACUAUUUGAUGACGGUACAAGAAAUGGGUCUGGGGCCAUCCAUGACAGACA